CUGGGCUCUGCCCAAAUAGCGUUUGCCAACUUUGCUGUGACCGUCCUGAGCCAGGGGUCGAGAGCCGGCCUCCGCCGAGCUCGCUUUUAUUCCUGAACAAAAGGAACAUUUGGAAGGAAGAUGGGACACGAGGGUUGUCUUAAAACUUUACCCCUGCUCCGAUGCUGCCGAGACUCGUUUUCUCAAAUGUCGAGUAAUUUGAAGUUUACGUUUUUGUUCUUAAGUUUGGAAUACUUUGUUACAUUUUAAAAUAAGCUUUUCUUUUUGUGUGCUCGGCAUUCGAGUUUGAAGUCUGGAGAUGGUCUCGAUGUUUUAACACAGUCGAGAUCGUCAAAGUGAGAACAUUUUGAAAAAUCAAUACACGUGGGAAUAGGAGUCAGGCGAUGAGGUCCCUUAUUCCGGCUCGGCACCCUAUCAGCUGUGUGAUUUGGGGUCAGCCAUUAACCACUCUCACCUUUUAGAUUCUCAUCAGAAGGUUUUUCCAGAAGCAUAGUGUAUAUACCACAGGGCUGGAAUUCAAGUCAGGAUGCUUUGGUUCAGGUUCUCUUUUAGCUGUUUUUUUGUGGGCAAUUUACUACUUUCUCUGUAUUCUCAUCUUUAAGAUGGGCUUAAUGUUAUUUGGACUCCCUGCCUCAGGGUUUGCAAGGAAAACGAUGUGAGUUUUUUUGGGAAUGGUUAAUAUCCAUGUGUUCCUACCUUUUGGUUGAGGUGAGGAUCUAAUGAGAACUAUAAAUGUGGAUUAUACUAGUCAACGUAAACCGCCUUGCAUCUUACAUUAUACCUUUUGAUCCUUACUACAACCCUGUGAGACGGGUAGUACCAAGCCUAUCCCAGUUUUACAGAUGUGGAUAGACUCAAGUGGUUAGAAUUGACCAGAGGUCGAAGCUAGUAAUUAAUCAAGUGGGACUCGACUCAAGUCUUCCAUCUUCAAAUCCACCACACCGCGGCAGCCUCUAUAAAACUUUAAAUGGUAAACCAUGUUAUUAGCCCAGAUAAAUCGAGAUUCUCAGGGAAUGACUGAGUUUCCUGGAGGGGGAAUGGAGGCUCAGCAUGUCACUCUUUGCCUGACAGAGGCAGUAACUGUGGCAGAUGGGGACAAUCUGGAAAACAUGGAAGGUGUCAGCUUGCAAGCAGUGACCCUGGCAGAUGGCUCCACAGCUUACAUCCAGCACAAUCCCAAAGAUGGAAAACUCAUGGAUGGCCAGGUCAUUCAACUAGAGGAUGGUUCUGCUGCCUAUGUCCAACAUCUUCCCAUACCUAAGGGUACAGGGGACAGUUUGCGUUUAGAAGAUGGACAGGCAGUUCAGUUGGAAGAUGGAACCACGGCUUUUAUUCAUCAUACCUCCAAAGACAGUUAUGACCAGAGUGCACUACAGGCUGUCCAGUUGGAGGACGGCACCACUGCCUAUAUUCACCACACUGUACAAGUUCCCCAAUCGGAUACCAUCUUGGCUAUUCAGUCAGAUGGUACCGUGGCGGGCCUGCACACAGGGGACGCCACCAUUGACCCUGAUACCAUAAGUGCUUUGGAACAGUAUGCUGCAAAGGUGUCUAUUGAUGGAAGUGACAGUGUAACUGGUGCUGGGAUAAUUGGUGAAAAUGAGCAGGAAAAGAAAAUGCAGAUUGUGUUACACGGACAUGGGACAAGAGUCACUGCUAAAUCACAACAAAGUGGAGAAAAGGCCUUUCGGUGUAACUACGAUGGGUGUGGAAAACUCUACACAACGGCUCAUCACCUGAAGGUCCAUGAAAGGUCACACACAGGGGACCGGCCGUACCAGUGUGAACAUCGUGGCUGUGGGAAGGCCUUUGCCACAGGUUACGGAUUAAAAAGUCAUUUCAGAACCCACACAGGAGAAAAGCCAUAUCGGUGUUCAGAAGAUAAUUGUACGAAGUCUUUUAAAACAUCGGGCGACCUACAGAAACACAUUCGAACUCAUACAGGUGAACGACCCUUCAAGUGUACCUUUGAGGGAUGCGGCAGGUCCUUUACUACAUCAAACAUCAGAAAAGUGCACAUUAGGACACAUACAGGAGAAAGACCCUAUUACUGUACAGAGCCAGGAUGUGGGAGGGCCUUUGCCAGUGCAACAAAUUAUAAGAAUCAUGUGAGGAUACACACAGGGGAGAAGCCAUAUGUUUGUACAGUCCCUGGGUGUGAUAAACGAUUCACAGAAUAUUCCAGUUUGUACAAACACCACGUUGUUCAUACUCACUCCAAACCAUACAACUGCAAUCACUGUGGGAAAACAUAUAAGCAAAUCUCCACCUUAGCAAUGCACAAGCGAACAGCUCACAACGACACAGAGCCAAUUGAGGAAGAACAAGAGGCCUUCUUCGAGCCCCCACCAGGUCAAGGCGAGGAUGUCCUCAAAGGUCCACAGAUAACCUAUGUUACAGGUGUAGAAGGGGAGGAUGUGGUGUCUGCACACGUAGCUACCGUAACUCAAUCUGGAUUGAGCCAGCAGGUCACUCUCAUAUCCCAGGAUGGGACCCAACAUGUCAACAUAUCUCAGGCAGACAUGCAGGCCAUUGGAAAUACCAUCACAAUGGUGACGCAAGAUGGCACUCCAAUCACAGUCCCCACUCAUGAUGCAGUUAUCUCUUCAGCGGGAACACACUCUGUAGCCAUGGUUACUGCUGAGGGUACAGAAGGACAGCAGGUUGCAAUAGUGGCCCAGGACUUAGCAGCAUUCCACACGGCCUCCUCAGAAAUGGGGCACCAGCCACACGGGCAUCAUUUGGUGGCGACAGAAGCUCGACCGCUGACGUUAGUGGCCACAUCCAACGGAACACAAAUCGCAGUGCAGCUUGGAGAACAGCAGUCUUUGGAAGAAGCCAUCAGAAUAGCCUCCAGAAUCCAGCAAGGAGAGACGCCAGGCUUGGACGAUUAACCCGGACCUUGGAACCAUCCGGCGGAGAAUCUUUUCUUUUCAGACAACAGAGACCCCUGCAGCCAGAGUCCAAGAACACUUGGAACUUUCCCAUUCCCUGAUCCUCUGCACACAUUUUUAUGCACAAAUGGACACCGUCUCACUGGUUGGACUGGGUGACCUCCAGGGUCCCUUCCAACUCUGCAGAUCAGCAGCUCUCAAUUUCCAACCUGACCCCUUGUGUAUGCAGAAAUAUGAAAUUAGGACUAGAUGGUAGGUGUUCCUGUUGUUAGCCUCUAUCAGCUCUCAGACUACUGAAGUCUACCUGCAUGGCCGGUGCAGCUGUAGAAUUCUGCCCCAGGAUGAAUUUUAACUUUAAAUACAUGAUCAAAGCUGUUCAGACACUUUCAGAUGUCUGAAAGGUCCUUACAAUCAUAAUUCCAGAAGCCAUUUCAAAUGACAAAAGGAUGCAAAACCUUUAAAUAUGUUCUUCAAUUAGUAGGGACCCUGCGAUGUUGGUCCUACGUUUCUCCAUUUUGAUUUCUGUCCCAGGUAACUGGUUGUCUUUCCCUGUCCCUGUCAAGUACAGCCUAUUCAGCUAAUUCCAUUAGCUUUAAUUAGAUUAUGUAAACAUUGAAAAGCUUUGGUUGUUCAGAAUUAAAAGGUUAAACCCAAUACUUUGGUUUCCUUAAAGGUUUUACCUUACGAGUUUUGUUUUUGGUUUGGUUUUGUUUUUAAUAAUUCCAAUUAUGAUCUAGGAAAAUGUGACCACAGUGUCCAGGGAAGAAGGCAGGGCCAUGAUCUGAAGUGAAUUGACUCUGGGAUGAGUUCAGUGUAACCUAUUUAUUUUUGUUUAACAUGUGUUAUAUCCUUGUUCCAAAGUUUAUUUAACCUGUAGCUCAUUUUUAAUUGAAUCUAGUAGUUCAAUAAAUGAUAAUUUACUUUUA